AUGGUCGAAGAUGAGUGGGCAGGGCUCAGUUUCCUGGGGCCGAAAGUUCUGAGCACAGCGGUUCAGCUGUAUGGACGUGCAUCUUCCUUUGCAAACGCAUUUGACACUGAACAUGAGGCACAAGAGGUUUUCAAGCAGUUAGCCGACUCAACAGGUCUUGAUGUUCAGCAUUUGACUGGUGAAGCUGCAGCACGGUUGAUGGAAUGGUCAGUAUCACAACAGUCUGUUUUCAAGCGUCAGAGACGUUCUGUUGCGGUUGAGCUCGAGUGCAGUUUGUUUGCAAAGAGGGCAGAUGCACCGGUUGAGGCCUCAGAUGCUUAUGAGUCCAUGGUCAAGGAUGAUCCAAAACAUACUUUAGAAGUUGCGAAACGUGUUUCAAAACAACGGAAGACUGCUGGUACAAAUAGGGCAGAGCUGGAAGAGUCGUUGAGGACUAAGUUUGCGAUGGAACUUGCAACAAUUGUCAGUGAAGCAGGGUUGCCAGUGGUUUAUCAGGUACAGCAGUUUGAUGACCCCAACAAAGCUUGGAAACGAAUUUUUGGGGCCCGCAGGGGUAAGACCUUGAGAAACAGGUUUCGUAGCUGGUGCAAAUACAGGCAAUGGCUUGUUGCAUAUGCUGGGAUCUUGUGGCCGCGUUCAGUUGCAGACUUGGUGAAUUACAUUGAGGAGUGCAUACAUUUUGGAUGUGCCCUGUCAAUACACACAGAGUUACAGGCAUCACUUGUGCUUCUGGAGAGGUGCGGCAGAGUUCCGGAGUGCAACCAGCUCUCCAUGGAUCCGACUUGGAAGGCACACUUGCAGAGCUGGAGUCAGGAGCUGAGCACAAACAGCAGGCCACGUGGUUCAGCACCACCAUACACUGUCUCAAUUCUUUUGGCACUUGAGUUGUUUGUCAUGGACGAUCAGAGGGAUUACUAUGCACGUGUCAUCGCAUGGACCAUUUUGGUUGCCACAUGGGGCUGCAUGCGAGUGGACGAUAUUCAAUGUGUGAUGCCGGAAACAAUGCGGCUUUCACCGAGAGGUUUUUCGGUCCGCAUGUCGCGCACCAAGACCACAGGGCCUGGUAAGAUCCAUGGGCAGGUCCAUGCCUUUGUCCACAGGAGUAUCACGCUCACUGGCCAUGACUGGAUGGAAGAAGGGUUACAACUUUUCAGACAUGAGAGUGCGAUUUUCCCGAGGGAUUACUUGGUGCCUGCACCCACAGCUGAUUGGCACGCAAUGAGGAAGAAGUUGGUGGAGCCACCACAGCUGGCCAACUAUUUUAGGAUGGUGCUUCAGAUGCUUGGUACUCCGAAGUUUGAGGAUGGCAAAUGGCGUGUGAACGCUAACAUGGAGCUUGUCCCUGCUGAGCUUUCACUGUUCUGGAAGGGGCAUAGUGCCAGGCAUUUUCUUCCCCAGGCAUCGGCGUCUAUUGGAUGUGACAAGCAUGACAGGGAUUUUCUUGGCAGGUGGUCCAUAGGGCGUGUCGGGUCCAAUGCAUACCUUUUGACAUCGCGCCAGAUCACUGAGAGAAUACAACAACAAGUCAUGCAGUCCUUCUACGGGGAGGGCGUCACGUACGAUGAGAAUGAGCUCCUGGACAAUCUGCGGGAGUUUGCCGAAAAGUCUGACUUGAGUGGACAGCGGGUCAGGCGCAGACACAAAAUGCUGCCAUUGGUCAAGGCAGAAGACAUGACCAGACUUGGUGACGAGGAAGAGUCAGAGGGGGAGGACCUGCAGCAGCAGGCUGAUGGGGAGCAACUGCUUCCCGACGACCCUGAUGAGGGCAUGACCUAUUUCGUCACUGUGUUUCAGAUUGACGUUUUUGCGCACCAGCGCAUCCACGGGAUGAACGUGCCCAAAGACUGGGCAGUGCUGGCACUGGCCUCGUACAUUUGGCAAGAGGCUGAUGUGUCCCUUGCCACACAACACACUUUGGCCCAGCACUACAAGACUAUGAAGGUCUUCAGUUCGAUGUGUGAUACAAAGGCUGAAGUGCGCGAGGCAUUGCGCACAGAUUUCCGUAUUGACCCAACAACAAGUCCUGAGACCAGGGCUGAUGUGGCCAAAGUUUUGACGGCGUGGGAGCUCUCACGCACCAUGACAGCAAAGGAGCAAGAACUUCAAGCUGAGACGAAGGUUUUGGGUAUGCCCCGCGUUUUGCAGCAUACGGAACGUCAAGCAAUGGUCAAGGCAGUUGAAGUGGUCUUGGGCAAAUUGCAGGACGUUGAGAUACCUAGCAAUGAAUACCUUGCUUUGAAGGUUGAGGAGUGCGAGGCGAACGAGCCUCAAGCCCUGGGGCUUGAUGAGAUUUCAUCCAGGGCUGACACAAGCUCUUCAGCCUUACAGACGUCCCUUGAUUCAUCAGGCCAUGUCCGGGUCACGAAGGUCAAGACCAAGGGUCGUCUUCCGGAGGACACAGAGUCCCUUCGCAAGGCGUUGAAGCUGGAGGCAGUCAGCUGGCUUUGCAUGUCAGCGAAGUUUCGAAACAAGACUUGGCUGCAUGGUCUUGAGCUGCAGCAUUGGUCGAAAUACACAGAGUACCUGCUUGGUGAGAAAGUUCUGGGCCUGAAGUUCAACGUUGAAGGCCAAUCACAUGCAGUCAAACCGCCUUGGGCUGUCAUCCUUAGCUAUGAGCAGAAGAUGCGGAAGGAAGUCUUCAAACUUGUCCAAGCUGGCACGCACACAGUAGCAGAAGGGUUGACUGCCGUCAUCAAGGACGCAGAGAUCAAGGAGGCCCACUUCACGGCACCGAUUGCACUGGGCGUUGGCUGGAACAAUCAACGGCCAUCAGCGCAGCCCAACAAAUGGCAGCGCACAAGCUCCAAAGGGAAGUCCAGUUUCAAAGGGGGUCCAACCAAAGGUGGCAAAGGCAAAGGCAAGUUUAGCAAGGGCUCCAGGGACUUCAAUGGCAAUAGUCUGGUAACCCACACACCGGACGGCAGAGAACUAGCCUUCACGGUUCACCGUGGGGACUGUUUGAAGGACGCGCUGCAAUCUUCGACGUAUGGCAUGGAUUGGAAUGAUGUUCCAGUUAAACAGAGCUUUAGGCAAAGACUGAAGGAAAUCUUUGGUGAGUUGAAAUACCUGUGGUAUUCAUUUGAUGAUGCGGCUGGAGCCCAAGACCUUUUACAAGGUAUUUUGACAGAGACGGAGUGGGCUGACUUUGGACAGGUGAGCGUUGAGGGACUGACCGCAUGGCAUACUAAGUAUGGACCACAGGUCAAGAGGCAGCGUAUCCUUGACAGAGAGUUGAGUUUCGAGUUCUGUGCACAUCCCAAACGGGAUACAGUAGGCACCAUACAGGAGACUUUUGAGCAGAUCAUGAAGGAAGAUCCUCGUUUCAUGCUGGACACUGUGAAACGUACCCAGCGUAGGUCUUCAACUGGGGAAGGACCGGAGACGAGAGCGGCCAAAGAACAGCAUGAGAGAGACAGAUAUGCAUUGGAGUUGGCAGGUAUUUUACAGGAAGCCGUUCUGCCGGUGAGUCUCCAGAUCGAGGCACUUCAGGAUCCGAACAAGGCUUGGCUACGACUGUUUGGAGCGAGGCGGUCAAAGACCUUGAGAAACAGAUACAGGUCAUGGAACCGCUUUCGCACAUGGCUAGUAGCAUAUUCAGGUAAGACUUGGCCAGGUGGUUUGGAUGUCUUGAUACACUACGUUGAGGAGCACAUUCAAAAUGGAGUGACAUUCAGUUUUAUUUCAGAAUUCCAGGCGGCACUGGUGGUGUUAGAACAGGCUGGACGGAUACCGGAAGGUAAACAGCUGUCGCGGGAUCCCUUGUGGAAGGCACAUGUUGAAAGCUGGAAACAGGAACUGGCAACGAACACGUUCCCAAUGGCUGCAAAGCCUUACACAACAGCGAUUUUGUUGGCACUUGAGCUGUUUGUCAUUGAGAUGGACCAUGAGUUCUGUCUGCGGCUAAUUGCAUGGUGUAUGUUGGUUUCAACUUGGGCUGCAAUGAGAGUUGACGAUUUACAGAAUGUUAUGCCGGAAUCUGUCAGGCUUAGCAACCGUGGCUUGACACUUAGGAUGGCCAGGACGAAGACUACUGGAGGUGCCAAGUUGCAUGGGCCUAUUUGUGCAUUUGUGGCCAGAGACAUUUCGAUUUCUGGAUAUGACUGGCUUAUCGAAGGUUUUCAGAUGUUGCAACGUGAGGAUCUCAUGUUUCCCAGGGACUAUUUUAUCCCAACACCGGGUAAAGACUGGACCGUAUUUAAGAACAAGAUUUUGGAACCACCUUCAAUGGCAAACUAUUUCAGGAUCGUUUUGGGAAAAUUGGGAACGCCACGCUUCCAAGAUGGAUUCUGGCGACAGAACAAGGCAAUGGACUUGGUGCCAGGGGCUAUGUUGCUUUUCUGGUCAGGCCAUAGCCCACGUCAUUUUCUGACACAGGCGGCGGCAUCGUUAGGAGUGGACAAGACUAAGCGGGACUUCCUUGGAAGAUGGUCAAUAGGAAGAACUGGAAGUAAUGCGUACUUGCAUACAUCACGUCAAGUGGUGGAAGAGGUUCAACACCUGGUCAGAGACUCAAUUGUGUUGGGAGCCCCAGCGUUGGAUGAGUCAGAGUUGUUGGAGGAUGUCAUGCAUUUUGCAGACAAACAUGAGUUGGUAGGACAGAGGGUCAGGAGACGUCACACUCAUGACUACAAGAGGGCCAAUGCUGGUGAAGUUUUCAACACAUUUGAUUCAGAUGUCGAACAGGUAGACGUCCAGGAGACACAACAGGUCAUGGAGGCAGUGCAACGAGAGGCAGGUGAGAAUUCAACUCAUUCGGGCUAUUUCAUCACGACGUCGAGGAGGACAGGUUUCAGAAGAUUACACAUGCAUGGCAAAUGUCCGGUGCGCUCAGACAGAUGCAUCGACAGCACUGAUGUUGACAAUGUUCAAGAUGCAGCAUAUGAUGCUAUUUGCAAGAUUUGUCAACGUAAGAUUUCAGAAGAGUUGGGUCGUAUGACAGCUGACCAUGAUGUUUCAAGCGAUUCAGGUGAUUCGUCCUCUACGAACACUUCCGGAGACGAGGCCGAAGCUGAAGAGGCCGAGGCUGGAGAGGCAUCAGAGUGGCAGCCUUUGAUUUAG